UUACAGCUCCUGUCCUCCUGGGGGGGUCCCCUCUGCUGUCAUGUGGAGAGCUGCGGGCAGAGAGGAAAGGGAAGCUGAGUGCUGGUCAUGUGAGGUUUCGUCAAGAUAAAUGUAUUUUAGCUUUUAUAGUUUUCCAUCCUGGGUUGAAUUUCUUUCUAAAACCUUUUUAUUUGGUGUGGUCCUGGGACUCUAGCAUAACUUCCAGGGAAGGUGAAACUUCCUGUUGUCUUCUGCAGCCCCAUCAAAAUGGGGACGCUCUAGAGUUGUUGUAAACCACUAAGGAAAAUGUUUAAGUAUUUGAGUCUGUGCAAUAUGGAGCAUUUUCCAUCAAUACAUGCUAUAAAGUGCUGAGUAUUUGUCUUGUAUUGCAACACCCUGCACGUUGCCAUGAUGUAAAGGAUGUAUUUAUUGUAUGUCAGUUUUCUUACACGAGUUGAAUGUUGUGCAGCCUCAUCAUACUUGUGCAGUGAGUAAAGGGUAUUUGAGGUCUGACCAACAUUUGCAGAGCAUACCACUUCGUUACGUGGAAGGUAUGCGUAUGCACAUCCUUCCUGAAUGAAGUCUACAAUGAAAUCUGGGGUGUAGAAGUCAGGUCCUUCGAAGUCUUAUGUGGAAAAGAAGAAGAUGAGGUAAUAAUGACCACUGCUCUAAUUUUGGGUUUUUUUCUAUGAAAACUUUUUUUCAGGUAAUGUAAGCAUUUCAGUUACACACAACAGAGGAAGCAGGCAUGUCAGCUCUUUGUCCACCACCAUCUCCUGCAGUUGCUAAAACAGAGAUCUCCUUGAAUGGCGAGUCACCUUUAUUAGCUGCCACUUUUGCUUACUGGGACAAUAUUCUUGGCCCCCGAGUGCGGCAUAUCUGGGCCCCAAAGACAGAACAGGUACUUCUCAGUGAUGGUGAAAUAACUUUUCUUGCUAACCACACCCUAAAUGGAGAAAUACUUCGGAAUGCAGAAAGCGGUGCAAUAGAUGUGAAGUUCUUCGUCUUGGCAGAAAAAAGGGUAAUCAUUGUGUCAUUAAUCUUCGAUGGAAACUGGAAUGGAGACAGAAGCACAUAUGGACUGUCAAUUAUACUUCCACAAAGUGAACUUGGCUUCUACCUGCCGCUUCACAGAGUGUGCGUGGAUAGGUUAACACAUAUUAUAAGGAAAGGAAGAAUAUGGAUGCAUAAGGGCCAGAGCAUCAUUCCAAUGCUGACAGGAGAAGUCAUUCCUGUAAUGGAACUCCUUUCAUCUAUGAAAUCACACAGUGUUCCAGAAGAAAUAGAUAUAAGUGACACAGUACUAAAUGAUGAUGACAUUGGGGACAGUUGCCAUGAAGGCUUUCUCCUCAAUGCAAUUAGUUCACACCUGCAGACCUGUGGCUGUUCUGUAGUUGUAGGAAGCAGUGCAGAAAAAGUUAAUAAGAUCGUGAGAACAUUGUGUCUCUUUCUUACGCCAUCAGAGCGGAAGUGUUCCAGACUCUGUAGAAAUGAGUCUUCUUUCAAAUACGAGUCUGGACUUUUUGUUCAAGGCUUACUCAAAGAUGCAACAGGAAGCUUUGUGUUGCCCUUCCGUCAAGUAAUGUAUGCCCCAUAUCCUACUACACAUAUAGAUGUAGAUGUCAAUACUGUGAAGCAGAUGCCCCCUUGUCAUGAACACAUCUAUAACCAGCGACGAUACAUGAGAUCCGAGCUGACAGCAUUUUGGAGAGCUAGUUCGGAUGAAGAGAUGUCUCAAGAUCACAUUAUCCACACAGAUGAGAGUUUCACACCUGAUUUAAAUGUCUUUCAAGAUAUCCUGCAUCGAGAUACAUUAGUAAAAGCCUUCCUGGAUCAGAUCUUUCAUCUGAAGCCUGGCUUGUCUCUGAGGAGCACUUUCCUUGCACAGUUUCUGCUAGUCCUGCACAGAAAAGCAUUAACUUUAAUAAAAUACAUAGAGGAUGACACGCAAAAAGGAAAAAAACCUUUUAAGUCUCUUCGUAGCCUAAAGAUAGAUCUCGACUUAACAGCAGAGGGCGAUCUUAACAUAAUAAUGGCUCUGGCUGAGAAGCUUAAACCAGGUCUACAUUCCUUUAUCUUUGGGAGGCCAUUCUACACUAGCGUACAAGAACGUGAUAUGCUCAUGACGUUUUAAAGCUCUCCGCUGCUAACGUGUAAUGUUGCAGUCUUGCAUGGCACAAAAAGAAAUCUGGCGGUGUGACCACCACACUUGUGACAAUCAUUGACUUGAUUGAGGAUGGAGCAUUAGGAGCACAGUAACACUACAGUCUGUUCGAAGCAGGAGGGGGUCUUGUUAGAGGGACUAUCAGCUUAACUAGACAAGCAUGAUUUUAAGGAAUCCAUCUUUUCUGUGUGGUUUUUUUUAACAGAAAACGUCACCAGAGGUUCCUUUGCCAUAUCGGCUUAGUAGAUAAAUUUGAACAUGUUUUGGUGUACAAUAAAGGGAGGCAUUUUAAUUUUCUUUACCCAGCAACUUCCUUCAGGUGUGUGUCAGUUUUUCCCUGUUCUACUGUGUCAGUAUUUUUCAUGUUUCCACAGAAAAUAAUACGUACGUCCUCUCUAAUCAUGGAAGUUGCAAAAUAGGGGCCUUCUAAGAGUUUCAAAGAGUUUUUAAAAGUGUUUGUUCUUGUGUAUGUGGUACAAAUCUGAAAUAUGUCUUUCCUCAUCUCCCUUUUUAACACUACUGGCUCCUUCAUUUAGAGCAUUCAAAAGGUGUUUGGGAUUUUUAAUAUACUAUGAAGUGCUGUUCUUGUGUGGAAAUUGUUGGCUAUUAGCAGCUUAAACAGCAGCACUCUGCACGUGGGAACUGGCUCAUUAUUUAAGCAGCUUUGUGCAUGUAAGUGCCAAGCAGGGUACCCUGUCACACAUAGUUGGGCCAUCCUGCAGUGAAGUGUUCAGUGAUCCAGCAUAACUGAGCUCUUUCAAAACACAAAACGGAAAACUUGUGUCAUUCAGCAGCAGUUGUCAGUCUUUCUGUCUGUAAACUGUUGCUGGUUUUUCCAUUGUCAGUUAGAAUAAGGUUCAGAUUAAAGUAUUAGGCCUACCCAAAGGACACCAAGGUGAUAGCCAAACUAAAAGAUAAAACAGUAAUUUCUUUUUUUUUGCAUUGACAUUAGUAUAUUUAGUAAUCCUUACUUCAGAGAUAAGCACAGCUAUGAACUAAUGUGAUAAGCAUUUUACUAAGUGAAUUCUGGACAAUAAUCUUAUAAUCUUCUUAGUUCAUCUUAGCACAUCUCCAGCCUUGCUUUGCUUGAAAAUAAAAACACAUUUUCUAUUUGUAUGCCUCUACCUUUCUUUUUCAGUAGCAUGUAGAGCAGAGCAGUGUUUGUGUCAGGUUAAUCCAGACACAUUUUUUUUGAGUAUUGACACAUGACUGGUGUGAGUUACAUUGAAAUCAGUGGCACAUCUGUACUGCAUGUUGUUGUGUUUCUCCUCUUUUUGGACAAACACGGGAAUAUAUUUGUGUCAUGUUUUAGCAUAACCUCAUAACUCAAUAUUCUUUGUGAAAGAGCUGCACUUGCGAUUGGAGAAGCCACUGUUGCUUUAUUGCUUAAAUUGUUUAUAAUACACUUUGGUGAACUGUUUUCUGUUUUCAAGAUAGCUUUUUAGUGUCUCUUGCAUGCAGCGAGGCAUAAAAGUUAAUAAAAGUUAGAUUUGCAACUUUUCCUGAGAUGUCCAAUACUCAGAUUUUUAAAGGAAUACCAUCCUUUAUUUAGAUGUCCAUAAUUCCCUUACAUUUCCUGAAAUAAUAUAUAUUAUAAUAUAAUAUAAUAUUUACAAAUAACUAUUUAGAGCUUCUGAAAGAUGUAGCCCCAUCCUCAUACCCUUUUUGUGAUGAACCUCAUCAGUGUUACCCGAUCGAAUAAGUAAUUACAUUUUGUGGAGACAGUUUUUUGCUGUACAUGUAUGUAGGACUCUUGCAGUGAGCUCAGUGCUUCAUCAAAAGAACUUGUCAGAAAGAUGCUGGCAUAAGUUACUUGUGCUGAGAUUCUGUUUGUCUUCCUAUCAUUAUUAUUCCCUCUGUGCUUUAAAUCAACUGAUCCAUUAGAAAAUAGCCUGAUUGUGCUAAGUUUUUACUCUCAUGUCUAAGAUUGCAAAAAAAAAA